AUGACAACAACCCGUCGCAACGGCCAGCUCCCCUCCUGCGAGCCAUGCAGGAAAUCGAAACUCCGUUGCGACCAUACAAGGCCGAUAUGUAACCGCUGCAACCGCCGCGGUUGGGCAGACCAGUGCCUCUAUCACCCAGCACCCCUCACAAAGCCCCGAGACACCAAGGCAGCAGCAAUUCGAAAACCCAGGCAGAAACCAACCCAUAGUCCAGGCCAGAGCGCAAACGUCAGCGGCAGUGCAGGUGUCUCUCCCAUAGCCAUCCGCGACGUGUCCGUUUCCGUAUCCGGAUCAGUCUGUGCGUCCCCCCUGACGAUAGGCGAGUCGCAUGCAUGGGAGAAGCGGCCAUUUGCCAAUCCAGGCUUUCUGGGUCUGACUAGCUACUCCGACAACGUCACGGGGUAUGCCGCGGUCUUGGACCAUGCGAUGCGGCCGCGCGACAGUCCGUGUUCGUCGGGAUCGAUUGCAGCGGCCGUUGACAUUAGACAGGUGGAGCUGGGAGCGCAGGCGCUGCUGCUCUUGGAUCAUUUACCGCUGUUUGAAGAGCUUCUGGAGAAGCGGUUUGCUAUCUGGGAGGGGUGGAUCUUCAGCACGCAGAUGUUCCGGUGCAUCAUCAAGGUACUUCGCGAUCUGUAUCGCGAUGCUACGGAGGGUGUGCAGGACAAGUAUGCGUCUGUUAUGGAGCUGUCGAGGACGUUUUUCCGCAAUACGGCUACGGAGAUCGAGUUGCGGGCUUCGAUGACGCUGUCGGAGUAUGUAGAGCUGAGUGGUGCGCGAUGGGACAGCUAUGCGCUUCUCAUCUCUGCGGUAGGGUACGCAAUCUAUCACGUUGCGCAUGACAGCGAGAGCCUCCCUGGCAAGGAUAAGAAGGGGUUACGGCGGAUUGCGCUGGCAGCGAGCGAUAUUUGUCUACAGUUAUGUGAUAGGUUGGGGACGAUCAGCGAUACUCUUUGCUGCGCUACUCUUCAGUACUCGGUCUUGGUCCAUCAUACAUAUGGCACAGGUGAUUACAGAACCUGGCAGAAACUCGGCGAUCUUACUACGAUUGUCUUUGCUCUGGGCCUUCACCAGGCGGGAGACGACAGAAACGUCCCUUUUUUCCUAUCCGAGUUGCGCAAGAGGAUCAUGAUCGGGGCAUACGGGAUGGACAAAGACCUGGCGCUGUUCCUCGGUAGGCCGCCGCGGAUAUGCAAACAGUACUGCAAUUUUCAGUCCCCGCUGGACCUGACUUGGGAAGAAUUGAUUUCCCCACCUAGCGUGCGGCAGGCUGCACUACUGAAGCUGGAUGCGAAAGGUUGGAAUACAGAGGGGAAACUGGGCAGCGGCGCAAGAGGACGUACCAUCCAUCUUGCAUGUUUGAUUCGAGAGGAUAUCCUAGAGUUGUCAAUUGGCCAGGGAGGCGACAACGUGGAAGAACAUGCUGAGAGAGUCCUUAAGAGAGCACGCCAAAGGCGCUCUGAACUGCCCGCCUUCCUGCAAUGGGACCCUGAGUCGGCCGAUCCGGAGCUUGCAACAUUGCAUCUAGAGUUCCUGCACCAGGACUUCCUAAUCUAUUCGACUCUUGUCAAACGAAUACGCAAGGGUCACGAUGCAUUGAUCAAAAUCUCUCUGGAGAUCAUCACUUGUUUACUUGACGUAGUGUCGAGGCAGAUGCGAUCCGACAAGACUCACAUGUUGACGAUCCUUGAUCUUUGCUAUAUCGGCCUUCCUGCUGCAGGUGCCUUAGCGACCAAACUACUCCGACACUCCCAGCCAAAUCUUGAGCCAGUGCUCUGUUCCGCACCGUUUCCUCGCUCGGAGAUCAUUCAAAAGCUGAGCGUCUUCAUCUCGCACGCAGACACCUUCAUCCAGCAACACGAGGGGGAUUACGAAAUUGCGUUGCAAGGGCAGAUGCUCAUCAGACAAGUCCUUGAUCGUGUGCUAUCGCCCACGACAGACCAACCCUUUCCCGAUCCUUCCAUCAACGGCAUGACGAUAGGAGAUGAUGUUGAUUUCAUGGCCUUGCUGGAGAGUUUUGACUGGGAGCAGGAGAUCCGUCCCACAUUCAGCUGA